GUUCUCUGCAAGCCACGCAGAAGAAGCUUGAUUCGGUACGCACCCGAACUCACCUGAAACGACAACUCUAUGCUAUAUUCGAUUUAAAGAUUUUGUGUUGUUAUUGAAGAACGACUAGAAAAGCUAUGACUAGGCGAAAUUCGCCUUUUGAAGUAGUUAGUGGACGCCACCGGAAAUUGGUGUAUCGAGACGUCUUGAACGCCAAGAGUUAGUCGCGAUAUGGCAGAGAGGACCGUUCUCAAGGGUACUUUGAUGUUGGGGUCAAUUACUCUUUUUAGGAACUAAAUGCUUGCAAGGUAACCUAGCUGUCCAUCGCAGAACGUGCCAUCACAGGGAGGUAUGUAUUAUCCGAGUAACUACCGAGUAGCGAAGCGAAACUGAGGAUGACCUUAACAAGCCCCAAGCGACCGAUUAGAAUUGGUAACGCUGCUGGAGCUAUCGGAGAUGGCAUUGACCAAGUCUACCGACUUGCCAAGUCCGGGGCAGUAGAUGCUAUCACCGCCGAUUACCUGGCCGAGUUCAACAUUGCGUGGAAGGCCAUUGAGCUACAGACCCAGCCGGAGUUGGGAUACGAGCCGAACUUUUUAGAACAGCUCGCGUGGGAAAAUGGCGAGGCUGCGAGACUGCUAGCCCACAAUCGCAUCAAAGUCGUUCACGAUGGGGGCGCAUUGAACCCCAAAGGCCUCGCUGCCAAGGUGGACUCUUACUUUAAGAGCUUGGGAAUCAAUGAUAUUCGAGUAGCGGCAGUAGCAGGUGAUGACGUUACGGAUAAUCUGGUCCGAGGUGAAUUUGACACGAUCAGACAUCUAGAUGACCGUGAUACUAUCUUUAAUCCAAGCCAGGGAAACAUAUUAGCAGCCAAUGCAUAUACGGGGCAAGCUGGGAUUGUGCGUGCUCUGGAGGAGGGCGCCGAUAUUAUCAUAUGCGGCCGAUGUUGCGAUGCAAGUCCGGUCAUGGGCCUGGCUUACUGGUGGCAUGGCUGGAAAUCUACAAACUACGAUCAAAUAGCCGGCAGUCUCAUGGCGGGACAUCUGAUCGAGUGUGGUGCUUACGUGACUGGGGGAAACUACUGUGGUGCUCGGGAAAUCGAGCAACUCCAUCAUGUCGGGUAUCCGAUUGCUGAAAUCUCAAGCGAUGGGGUAGCCAUCAUUACUAAGCCCCCGGGUACUAACGGAGUAGUCACGAUAGAUACUUGCAAAGCACAGCUGUUAUAUGAGAUUCAGGGUCACAUAUAUCUAAACCCCGAUGUCAUCGCCGACAUUAACGAAGCGCGCCUUGAAGAGGUUGGCAAGGAUAGAGUGCGCCUGACGGGAAUUCAAGGUUCCGCUCCGCCGCCGACUACCAAGCUGGCAAUCUGCCUUCGAGGCGGAUGGCAAGCCGAGCUAUCGGGAUUCUGCGCAGGACUAGACACUGACUUCAAGUUCCGACUCCUGAAAGACCAAGUGAUGCGGCAGAUCAACCCGGCCGACUUUACGGCCUUUAGUAUCGAGAAAUACGGGUCUUCGAAUCCAAAUCCCUCUUCUCAGAAGGAAUGCACGGUACACUUUCGUCUACUCGCGCAGGCUUCGGAAAAGGAGACCAUGACGCAGUUCCGACGAGCGAUAUUCUACAACGGCAUGCAGGGCUACUGUGGUCUGCACCUGGCUAUGGACUGGAGGACGAUGGAGCCGAAACCAUAUGUGAAAUACUUCCCAGCCUUGAUACCACAGUCCAAAGUUCGCUUGGCGGUGCAAUUCACCGAUGCAGAAGACCAGAUUAUUGAUGUCGCGCCAAGUGACCCAUCGCUGUACACGACAGCUAUCCCACCGCAGCGGAACUACGAACCCUCGGAGCCGUACCAACAUGUCUUCGGCACGGUAACGAGGCCACUCGGGGACUUGGUGUUCGCGCGCAGUGGCGAUAAAGGAGGCAACGCGAACGUGGGGUUCUGGGUAAGAGAUGUGAGAGCCUGGCCGUGGCUUCGCUCUUUCCUGACCAGUGCCAAGCUAAUUGAGCUACUUGCCGACGAUUGGGAUAGCAAGUGCGCAGUUGAGCGAUGCGAGUUCCCCCAUCUGUGGGCGGUGCAUUUCGUUGUUAAAGGGAUUUUGCAAGAGGGUGUCAGUAGCAGUAGUAUCUUGGAUGGUUUCGCGAAAAGCUUCGCGGAGUUUUUGAGGGCUCGACAUGUUGAGUUGCCGGUGGAUUUGGUGGGGUUGGAAAAUGAGAGGAGAAGGGAAGGGAAGGUUUUGAGGUUUCUGGAUGGGGAGGUGUGAAUUGUGAAAUGUGAAAUGUGAAAUGUGAAUAUGAAUUAUGAGAUUUGGAAUAAAUCAUAGUCGGGUCCAUGAUGGUGAUGCCUUCAUAAUUCUGUACUCCCAUACUAGGCAGGUACCUUUAGGGUGUUUAGCUACUAUGUAGGUAAUAGCCCAUAGCGCACCCCUGCCCUAUAAUGCAGCACCUGCGGCCCAACUUUGGUAUUGCACUCCAGGGCUUU